GAAGUGCGUCAGUUGUUAUCUGCUCGGGCCCGCUGCUGUCCCGCCGCCUCUCGAGCCCGGCGCUCCGAGCCCUGCACCUCAAGCUCGGUCGCCCGCCGCUGCCGCCGCCCGCCGCUGCCGUUCGCCAUGAGGCGCGCUCCCGGGGGCCCGGUCCUGGGCCGCUGAGCGCCAGCCGCCCCGCCCGUGCGCCGGGCCCGGGCCGGGGGUCCCAGGCCGCGCAGAUCCGGUGCUGAGCGCCCGCGCCCGGCAUGCCCGGCCCGGCCCGGCCCCGAGCCCGCGCGGCGCCCUCGCAACCCGGUGGCACGGCAUAGCAGGCGGCGGCACCAAGGUCACCGCGCGCGGCACCGCCAUGGAGGCCAAGGUCCGGCCGAGCCGGCGCUCACGAGCGCUGCGGGACCGCGGCCGGCGCCGAGAGGCCGCCCGCGAAGCCCGCGCGCACAGCCCGUCGUCCGGCGACGAGCCCGAGCCUAGCCCGGGCAAGGAGAACGCAGGCCUGCGCGGCGCGCCGCCCCCGCGCCCCCCGCGCCGUCGCCGCCGCGAGUCCAGCUCGCAGGAGGAGGAGGUCAUCGACGGCUUCGCCAUCGCCAGCUUCAGCACGCUGGAGGCGCUGGAGAAGGACAUGGCCCUGAAGCCACAUGAGCGGAAGGAGAAAUGGGAACGUCGCCUCAUUAAGAAGCCCCGGGAGACGGAAAACUGCCCAUCCUCAGAGCCCAGUGUGAGCAGGCAGCCCCUGGAAGCCAGCAGCCCCGGGCAGGAUGUGGAGCCCACCUGUGACGGAGGGGCCAGAAAGGUCCCGCUACAGCCCUCGAAACAGAUGAAGGUCACCAUGUCCAGAGAGGCUGACCAGAACAGUGAUGAUGACAGUGUCCUUGAAGCCACCAGCUCCUGCCGGAGCCGCUCCCAGGAUCAGCUCAGUGACAGCUCGGCGCAGGCGGUGUCUGGGAAAGGCUACUCUUGUGACAGCGAGAGUGGCAUGGAUGACAAGGCAUCUGUGGGCUCGGAGCUGCUCUUUGCCCCAGCGGCUGACACAGGUGCCACACCAGGCGAAGGGUUGGAGGCCAAGACCGGGGCGGCCCCCAAAGUGUCUGGCCUGGAACGCAGCCGUGAGCUCAGCACUGAACCCUUCUUGCCCGCGGGCACCCUGCCCACCGCACCGCCUGGGGCCUGCACCAUCCCGCUGCUGAGAACUGAGCCGGGGCUGUGCCACGCCCCUCCGCUCACGGUCCCGCUGCCCACACAGACUACACAGACGCAGACGCGGGAGUCUGCGCCCCUGGGCGCCUUCGCAGGCCCCGGCCAGACAGCACCCACCACGGGCCUGCACCUGCCCUGCCUCAGGAGCAGCAUUGCAAGCAGCAGCACCUCGCUGGGCCUGGGGAAGCACGGGUCGCUGUCGCUGUCGGGGCCAAGCCCCCACCUCUCUACCUCACACCUGGCGCUCCGAGGCCAGGUGCACCAGCACCCCGCGACCAUGUUUGCCACGCCCACACUGCCCCCAGCCUCAGCACUGCCUGGCAGCUUGGUGGUCCCAGGACACCCUGCAGAUGCCAGCCUGUGGCUCUCCCUCAGCCAGCCAAUCAUGUAUUGCCAGCCUCAUGCGGGGAUUCUGAUUGAUCAGGAGCUGCUCAGGCAAGAGCUGAACACGCGGUUUCUGGUGCAGAGCACGGAACGGCCGGGCGCCCCCCUGGGCCCGGGGGCUCUGCUGCGGGCCGAGUUCCACCAGCACACUCACCAGCACACUCACCAGCACACACACCAGCACCAACACACAUUCGCCCCCUUCCCAGGGCUGCCCCCGGCGCCACUCGUGCCACCUGCCGCACCCCCACCGUUUGACAAGUUCUCAGCCAAGCUGGACAGCCCCUACUUCCGACAUUCCAACCUCUUCCCAGCCAUCCCAUCUGCUGUUCCAGGGCUGCCCACCCUGCUUGCACAUGCCAGCCCCCUUGGGUCCCUGCAGGGCGCUUUCCAGCCCAAGACCACAAACCCAAUUCAGGUCCAGGGCCGAGCCAGUACGGUCCACGCCCUCCUGCAGAAAGCCCCCGGGGUAGGUGUCAGCGCCGCUCACACCUUCCGGGGGGCAGCGUCAGUUUGGAUGCUGUCCUAUCCUGCUCCUGGCGUGCAGAGCCGGCCAUCAUCGCCCUCUGCUCUGUCCCCACAGGUGACUGACCCAUACCGGACAGCGGCCAGGAAGCCAGGGAAAUGGUGUGCAGUGCACGUGCAGAUCGCCUGGCAGAUCCUCCACCACCAGCGCAAGGUGAAGCUGCAGCUGGACCCCCACAAGCUGGAGGUGGGUGUGAAGCUGGACCUGUCCAGCAGGCUCCCCGCUCCAGGCGUGGUCUCCGGGGCCCACUACCCACAGGACCUGGCUCGGCCCCUGUUCCCUGGCACAGGUACUGCCCACCCUGCUGCACACCCGUUGGGACCCUCUGCCCAUCAUGCCAGCUUCCUGCCUGCUGCUCACCUGACAGACCCCUUCAGCAGAUCUGGCACCUUCGGGGGACUGGGCAGCCUGGGCAGCCAUGCCUUCGGAGGGCUGGGCAGCCACACACUGGCUCCGGGGGGCAGCAUCUUCACCCCCAAGGAGGGCUCCCCACUGCACGGCCUGCCCAGCCCUCACGAGGCAUGGAGCCGGCUGCACCGAGCGCCAUCCUCCUUCCCCACGCCACCCCCAUGGCCCACACCCACUGAUAAGCUGAGCAGCCACGCUCGGGAGCCCCAAGAGCUGGAGCCAGGCCAUGAGGAGUUCGAGAGGGACCUCCUGGAGAAGACUCGCCUGCCUCGGCCCCCGGUGACGCACGCCCUGCUUCUGCACGCACCCGAGUCCCGAGUCAAGGACCCCUGCUCACCCGUGCAGGUGCAGGAGGACGGCGCCAUGCUGGCCGCGCGCCCACCAUCACCCUGCAGCCGGGCGGCCCUGGGCGACAGCCUGCGCCUGCCCGGGAGGCUGGGCCGCGAGCUCGCGCCCAGCGCCACCGUUGUGAAGGUGAAGGAGGAGCUCGGGGAAGAGGCCGCGGGGCCGGGCCUGGGCCGCGACCAUGGCCUUGCACUGCACGCGCCACCCCCACUGGUGGCCGCGUCCGGGGUCCCCACGCGGCCCCGGCCUGCACCGCUGGUGCCGGGGGAGCCCCUCGAGUACCCAGCAUGCAACCCGCACGAGGUGGAGGCCCGGUAGCGCCCAGUGGACUCGGCUGCGGGCGUGCCGGGCUGGAGAUGGGCCGGGAAACCCCUACUUUGUAUUUUCCCCACAGGUGAGAAGCGUUUUUAAUGGUUUUGUACUUUUGUUAAUUUUGUGCUCUUCAGACAUUCAGCCAAAAAAUAAUUUGUAGUUGGGGUUGGGAUUUACUGGACUCGGCCCCCUUUCUAGCCCCAGGUCUCGUCUUAUUUAUGGAGAGAAGACGGACGGCCUUUCCGUCCACGCACUGUGAGGCCGCUAGCCCGGCUCUGCCCUCCCUUGGUCCUUGGAACUGCAGUCACAGAUCUAUAUUAAAAUAACAAUGAAUAAUGUACAGAACUUUGGUUUUUGCCUUAUUCUGUUAUGCAGAAAUGUAAGAAGAUUUUUGGGUUUGUUUUCAAAAGCUGCAAGUGUAAAUACUGUUAAUAUCAAUAUAAGAAAUUAUUAAAUUCUCAACCUGGGAAGUCUUUAUAUAAAGCUUCCAGAAA